UCACCUCCUUGGUGACGUCAACUUAAGUGACCGGGUGGCAUAGCGACAUCAGCAGAAGAACUUUGAGAGUUUAAUAGCUACUUCAGGGAUGUCCUCCCCCCCAAAACAACAAAAGUUGACAUUGUUGAGAAUGUGCUGUCCUUGGUGCUGAAAUGUGCUCAGAUGGGGAGGGGGAGAAGUUCACGAGCGUGCGUCUGAAGGAGUUGAAUGUGAGAGGGGGACUGCACUUAACCGAUACGCGUGGGAGUUAAGUUGUCACGUCAAAAGACUGCACCUAUGGCGGUAAGGACCCCAGUUUCACAUGAGUAAGCGCGCCCCCGCAAAAGGAGAGACAGACAGAAAAAGAGAGAGAGGAAGAAAGAGAGAUCGAGCGCGAGAGAGGGAGCGAGAGAGACAGAGAGAGAGAGACUCCGCCUAUACCACACUCUCAUCUUGAUGCUCCAGAUGAGAAAAGACAGCGGGGACGAACCAAACGAGACCAAGCGUCUCCUCCUUGGCUUAACUCUACCAUCGGCCUUAUCCGCAGAAAUGAGCUCUUGGUGAAGUGGAGGUGCUUCCGGCCGGACUGGGGCCACCGACAAAGAGCACAACCGAGGGUGCGCGCAACGAUGAGCGGCUUGCACUAUUCCCUCGGGCGGAGGGCAUUGCCGCCAUAUCCGCGCAGCGUUUCUUGAGGUGUGGCUGAGAAAACGUCCGUAAGAUCCGGUCAGCCGAAACGACACGACGAGGAAGAGGUGGAGGAGGAGGUGGUGGCGGUGGUGGUGGAGUGCUGGUGGAAAAGAUGUCCGCCUCGGUGGGGCCACAGAGCGGCCCUCGCCCACCUACCGUGCCGCCAUCCAUGCCGGACCUUCCGGAUUUGAGCCAUCUCACCGAGGAGGAGCGGAAAAUCAUCAUGGCAGUGAUGGCUCGGCAAAAGGAGGAAGAGGACAAAGAACAAGCCAUGUUAAAAACACUGCACCAGCAGUUUGAGAGCUAUAAACAAGAGGUGCGUCGCAUCGGGGCGGAGACCCGGCGUCAGCAGACACAGCAGAAGGAUGAUGCACCCACCUGCGGCAUUUGCCGUAAGACCAAGUUUGCAGAUGGCUGUGGUCACUUGUGCUCCUACUGCCAAACCAAAUUCUGUGCCCGCUGCGGGGGCCGAGUCUCCCUGCGCUCCAACAAUGAGGACAAAGUGUGUAUCAUAGUAAAGGACAGGGUAAUGUGGGUAUGCAACCUGUGCCGUAAGCAGCAAGAGAUUCUCACCAAAUCAGGAGAAUGGUUUUCAGAGUCAGGGGUGCGGCCUGGGAACCUGGGCUUCACCUUAAAUGACCAAUCCAGGGUGGGUGAGGCCCAACAGGAUAGGAAGCUACUCCGCUCCAAGUCUCAAGUUCCAUCCUCCACAACUAACAGCAAUACCGAGCUGCCACACAGGACACAAGGACCUGCUGGUGGUACUUCCUCUAAGGCUCCAGACACCAUGUCUGGUACUCGCUCCCAAAGCGUACCACCUCGGGAAAAAAAAAGGCCAGUUUCGUACCAUGAACAGAAUGGUAAAGGAGGCCUGGGGCGUGGUACUGGACGAAGGUCUGCUGGAAAGUUAUCAUCUCAGUCAUCUUUGGAUGAGAAGCUUGGCCCCAGUGACCGACGAGAGAGACAGCCACAAGAUGGUCACAGGCUGCGAAAGAUCCAUUCUCAGGACUAUGAUGAUGGAGAGGACAACUUGGGUCAAUUAGAAAGAAAUCGAAGACGGCCAGAGGAUGAUGAACAAAGGGAACGGCAGCGACGUGAGGAGGAGUUCCAGAACCGUUAUCGUAGUGACCCCAACCUUGCUCGAUACCCUGUGAAGCCACAAAAAGAGGAACAGGAGAUGCGCAUGCAUGCCAAGGUAUCCAAGGUCCGCCACGAACGUAGACACAGUGAUCUUGCAAUCAACGAGGUCGGACUAGGGCCUGGUGAAGGAGGAGGCUGUGAAGCGCAAGUGUCUGAUAACCGUCUGACCAGGAGAGGAAGCCGCAAUGCUCAAUCAGAAAACUAUCGAGCGUACUCUGUUGAAAGGACCGUGGGGGAACCAGGGGGAACGGUGCCUCCAGAUAAGAAGGGCUUCUUUGAGCCAGGUGUAACACACACAGCAAGAGACAAAGGUGCAGACAACUUGUUGAGGAAGGACUCACAAAGUUCAGAACAGUCGGAGUCUUUGCGGCCGCCCCCUUCACGGUCAUACAAGAGCAAGCGCGGAGUAAACAAGAGGCAGAUGUCCAUCAGCAGCUCAGAGGAGGAGGGCGGCUCCACGCCUGAGUACACCAGCUGUGAGGACGUGGACAUGGAAAGCGUCAGCGAGAAAGGUGACUGGGACUGUCAUCCGCUUGAUCCUACAGUUUGGCAUCAUCCUGUAACAUGGCAGCCAUCGAAAGAGGGCGAUCAUCUGAUUGGACGCAUCACGCUAAGCAAGAGAUCAGCCAUGCCACGAGAAGCUGGGUCACUCCUGGGCCUAAAAGUUGUAGGUGGGAAGAUGACAGAGACUGGAAAACUUGGAGCCUUCAUCACCAAAGUAAAAAAAGGAAGCCUGGCAGAUGUCGUGGGACAUCUAAGAGCAGGUGAUGAGGUGUUGCAGUGGAAUGGGAAGUCAUUGCCAGGAGCAACCAAGAAAGAGGUGUACAACAUAAUUCUUGAAUCAAAAGCUGAGCCUCAAGUGGAACUAGUUGUUUCAAGACCCAUAGGCUCUAUUCACCGAAUUAUGUCCAAAAACCUCUUGAGAAAAGUUUAUAAAGCAUAUCAGGACAUUCCUAGAAUCCCAGAGUCAUCGCAUCCUCCUCUUGAAUCUACAGGUUCUAGUUCCUUUGAGUCACAGAAAAUGGAUCGGCCAUCUAUAUCAGUGAUGUCCCCAACAAGCCCAGGUACCCUCAGAGACCUUCCUCUGGUGCUGCCUGGACAACUGUCGGUAAAACUGUGGUAUGACAAAGUAGGCCAUCAGCUCAUCGUCAACGUCCUUCAAGCCAUAGACCUGCCAUCCCGACCGGAUGGACGACCUCGGAACCCAUAUGUUAAAAUGUAUUUCCUGCCUGACAGAAGUGACAAAAGUAAACGUCGGACUAAAACCGUGAAAAAGAGCGCAGAGCCCAAGUGGAAUCAGACAUUCAUAUAUUCACAUGUUCAUCGGCGAGACUUUCGUGAGCACAUGCUGGAGAUCACCGUCUGGGACCAACCAAGGGUCCAGGAAGAGGAAAGUGAAUUCAUGGGUGAGAUCCUGAUAGAGUUGGAGACCGCCUUGUUGGACGACAUUCCUCACUGGUAUAAACUCCAGACACAUGAUGUGUCCUCAAUACCUUUGCCUCAGCCAUCCCCAUACCUUCCGCGCAGACACGUCCAUGGAGACAGCCCAAGCAAGAAACUACAAAGGUCACAUCGCAUCAUUGAUACAGAGUUUGAUGAUGGUUUGAUGAUAAUGACUAAAGGAGGAGAGCGUAAUUCAAGGGAAAGAGAGCGAGGCAGUACGUUGGCUGUGCCUGAACAGCAGCGCGCGCUUCAGCAUCGCUCUCGCUCUGUAUCUCCUCACCGGGAGGAUUCCUGCAGGGCGAGGUCGCGGCCUGCACAUGUGCCCAUGCAAAGGAGCCUGGAUGAGAUCCAUCAGAACCGCCACCACUCCCAGUCGCCUUCCCAUUACCAUGACUCCCAUUUAGAGCAUCAGCGCUCCGGUGACUCAGACUACGAGUACUCUGAAGACAGUGAGGCCCUGGAGGUGAACAGGUCAAUCCGAGGUGGGAGUGCAGAGUGCCUACACACAAACAGCAGGGGUGCAUGUAAACCUAGCAACACACUCCCUCCCAAAAUGCCCCUGUUAGUAAAUGGCAUCCAUAAAGACAUGUACAGCUCCACCCUCCCCGCAUGCCUAAAAAGCAAGCUGCCCCAAAGGCAAGAGGGAGGCAACAACGUGCAUCGUAGUAUCUUUGCACACCGUGUCCUCAGGUUCACUGAUGAGGUCACAGUUAGUGACCUGCAGCCAUCGUUGGAUAGAGUGAGGAGUGCCAGCACCACAUGUUUGAGACCAGACAGCAACUUUCACUCUUCUGACAAAGACAGGUGCUUCAAUUCAUUGCCCUGCAAGAGCCCCUCAAAUCCCCGGAUCUUAGUAGAACACGUGGCCUCUGCGGAAGACAGGGAGUGUAGCAAUGCAUCAAGUCCAGACUGUCUAAAAGGCAGCAAAAAAACCUUGGAGGGUGACAGCCGCAUCCAGCCCACCUCUAUCCUCAGGGGCAGUAGGGGCAAAGGUUGGCCACUGAGACCCUUUGGUCAGACAGCUUUGGCUGGGUCCUCUCCAAACUCUCUGCAGACAGACAGAACACACCCUCAUGGUAGCCCUUCCUCCCCAAUGGGGACUCCCUCAUCAGGCCGCAGGGGCCGGCAGCUUCCACAACUCCCGGCUAAGAGCAGCAGCAUAGAACAAGCCCUAGCAGUUGAAGAGCGAGCCCGACAGCUGCAUAUGAAAGUACAUUCCUAUCGGCCUUCAGCUUCCCAUGACCCUGAGUCGGACCUCAAGUAUAAACGGGAGAUGUUUGCAGAACAGCGACGUAGCAGCGACAACAUGUCUGCCAGGUCGUCAGACAGUGAUAUGAGCGAUAUGUCAGCUCUCUCCCGUGCCAGCAGUGCCUCUCGCCUCAGUAGCACCAGCUACAUGUCUAUCCAGUCAGAACGCCCAGGGGGACGUCUUAGGUCUAAGUCAUUAGAGGAGGAAAAAAAAGACAGGCGCAUCUCAUGGGGGGUGACUAGGGAAGAGGAGAGGAAGAGGGCAGCAGGAAAAAGACGUUUCUCAGAGGAGUUGAAGCGCAGGAGACACACUGUCGCUGGAGAAACAGAGGAGUCCAGUCGGCAGAUGAGAGCAUCAGCGGGACGCAGCAUGCUCAAGAGCUCCAGUGUUAGUGGGGAGAUCUACACGCAGGAGCGCACUGAUGGCAGCCAGUCAGACACAGCACUCGGCACAGUGGGGGGAGGCAGCAAGAAGAGACGCUCCAGUCUCAGUGCAAGGGUGGUGGCCAUUGUUGGAAACCGCCGCAGCCGAAGUACUUCCCAGAUAAGUGGCCCUGAGGCAAAGACUAAAAAGGAGAAAGGAGCACCGAUCCAGAGGAGCACAGAGACCGGCAUGGCAGUGGAGCUGACGAGGAACAUGAGUCGGCAGCCCAGCAAAGAGUCCAACAAUGGCAGCAUGAACAGCUACAACUCUGAGGGGAAUAUCUUCUCUGGAGUCAAUCUGGGAGCAAGCAGCCAGUUCAGCGACUUUUUGGAUGGCCUUGGUCCGGCUCAGUUAGUGGGAAGGCAAACACUUGCUACACCCGCAAUAGGUGACAUCCAGAUCGGUAUGAUGGAGAAAAAGGGUCAGCUGGAGGUGGAGGUUAUCAGAGCACGAGGUCUUGUACAAAAGCCAGGCUCGAAAUCCCUCCCAGCACCUUAUGUCAAGGUCUACCUGCUGAAAAAUGGAGCAUACGUAGCCAAAAAGAAAACCAAGAUUGCACGGAAAACACUUGACCCACUGUACCAGCAAGCACUGCUGUUUGAGGAAAGUCCACAGGGUAAAGUCCUACAGGUGAUUGUAUGGGGGGACUACGGCCGCAUGGACCAUAAAAGCUUCAUGGGAGUUGCGCAAAUUCUCCUGGAGGAACUGGACUUAUCAAGCACAGUAAUUGGCUGGUACAAGUUGUUUCCACCUUCCUCUUUGGUGGAUCCAACUCUGGCGUCCCUCACACGGCGAGCUUCUCAGUCGUCGCUGGACAGCUCCUCUGGACCGCCCGGGAUCCGAUCCUAGUGGGCCGACAGCUCAACACCGCUCUGCGAGUGAUUAACUCCUGACAUGCACUGUAAGAAGGGAUAGAACGCUGAAGCAGAAAUGUAGAGCAACAACAAUCAGAAAACACAUUUCUUGAGAUCUGACAAUCACUUCUGUCGUGGUUCAUUUCGUCUGUUCUGGGGAGCGCCACUUUUCAGUGUUCCAUAAAAAUUUAGAAAAAUGUCUCAGUUUUGCUUUGUGUGUGUACGCUGAAGAUUGGGGGCUGACGACAGACAACAGGCGGUAGCUUUCAAGUUGAGCUGAUGAAGUAGAUACAAGAUGAAUGCCAUGUGACAAAUGAAGCAGGGUGGCUUUUAGCUGAAAACAGCCAAGCAAUGAAUUGUACUUAAGCGUUGGAAUGUAUGAACUUGAGACAGAGGUAACCUGCCGCCACAUCUGCAGGUAGUGAGGGUACUGGCAUCCUAUCUGCAGGGGCCUCUCUAGAACCCCAUCAGACUGCCAGCACCUCUGCCCAGGAGCAGGGGGCUUUCACAUGGGUAUUAACUCUGGAAGCACAGGGCCUUCUUCUGGUGCCUACACCCUGAAGCCGCAUCACCGGUCCCUCUCUCUGUCGAAAGAUCCUCUUUUCAAAAUGUUUACCAUGGCUUCUCCAAAGCCAUACUGUCUUGUGUGUUUGUUUUGUUGUCUAUUUAUUUCUCCUCUGUUACUAUUGCACAAAAUGAUUUUAUAGUGUGUUAAAUGCUCAUGAUUUGUUGUCAGUCUGGUGUGUGCAUGGAGAGAAAAAUCAAGCGAUUUAAAAAAAAAAAAGAAAAAAAGGGAAAUGAAACUAUUUAUUGUCUGCAGGUUUUGUGCAGGUAAGGGGACUGGUGAUUAAGACACAUCUUAGAUUUUUAAACAUGCGACUAAAUGAAGUUGUCUGUGUACAGAUGUGUAUUAGGCCUUCCAGGAGGAUGACCAACAAAUAAACGUGUGUUACAAUUAAACGUCACAGAAAUCACUCAAAAACCUGAAAAAAAGAAAAUCUUUAUUUACCAAAGGAAGAGUUUGUUAUCAGUCAAAAUACCCUCACCCAAGCAUGUUUAAAUGUUUUUAUUGAACCUUUAUUUUAUGUUCUCUUGGGAAUUGAACACAAGCACAAGAGCUUGAUUUUUUACAACUAAAAGUUUAACUUUUUAAAAAAAAAAAAAAAAACGUAGUUUUGAAAAGAGAAAAAACUGAGAAGCCCACUGGCCCUGUUCAUUUUGGUGUAGUUAUUAGGAAACAGAAAAAGAGAAACUGCUCACACUUUUUAUUGUGUAACACUGUUCAUGUGCAAGUUACCAAUCAGACUGAUCUGUCAGGACAACAUAAAAGCUCAUUCUCCAUUUGCCCUACGGACCCCCUCUCACAUUGUAAGAAGGGGGCUGGUAUGACCUGCUCCGAGCUGCAUGUAAUUUUCUUUAGGAAUCAGUUACAUAAAAAAAAGAUACAGAACUGGAUACGUGUUUUUUUUUCCCACUUAACUGUAGGGCCGCUUGUAUGUUGCAUGCAGUUGUACAGUUUGCUCGUAAUUGAAUAGUGGUAAAACCAAUAAAUGGAAGCCAUUCCCAUCACACAAAUGCAAUGGAAUCUAACUGCGGUCUAUGCCAUGUCCCUCAGUCAGGUGCUGAACGUCUCUCAAACAGAAUCGGAAGAUUACGUUGACGUUGUUCCUCAUCCCCUCUGACAGAUGUACUGUAGUCGUGAGCAGACCUCACAACCCCUCCUGCUGUUAUUCCACAUCAUUGUAUACCUCCGAGGAGCUGGUGCAUCAAUAAACAUGUAAAGUGCAAAUGCAAAUCAGAUCCACUUAUAUGGAACUAUAUCUUUUGGUUCAACAUUGUCAGAUAGGAUAUUGUGCAUUAUGAAGUAGAAAAGCAAAUACAGAGCCAGUGACACACUGUAAAUAUUCAACAGCCAUUCAACCAGGGGCCAAUUCAUUUAAUGAGGAUUUAUGAAUCCACUGUUGGGGACCACACAGUGGGACAGCUCAAGGUAAUAGACUUGGGUUUGCAGUGCUCAGCCAUUAAAACGAACAAGUCUGUAAAAGAUGUCUUAAUGAUCAUUUAAAGUUCAAACCCUUUCCCAUUUUGAAAAUGUUUUUUUUUUUUCAUUGUCAGUAUUAACAGGAAAAUAUUGAUUGUUUACAGCGUAUGUGUUCCACUGAAAGAAAAUUGAUUGCAACAUUUCUUGUUUGUAUAACAGAUGUGGCUCAAAUGAUGUGUAUGUUUUCUAUUUCAAAAUGUUAAUUUUUAUGAUUUACAAAUAAAAAGAAUGUGUGGAAGAAAA